AUGUCCUUUGAUCUCAAGCUAGGACAGAGUAUCGAGCACAUUGAACCAGCCUCAUUCUCACUCACUGAGCAGGAGAGACUGAACAUAUGCUACCUUGCUUUCCCUGACUCUAACUCUGGAUGUUCGGGAGACACGUGCUAUCACUUCCGAGUAAGGAAAGAGUACAACGUCUCCAAGCAACGGGAUGACCUGACCUCUAGAGACAGCCACUUUUAUUAUGGUUACGUGUUCUUUAGGCAGACAAAAGGGGAACAAUUCAAGCGGGGUUACUUCCAAAAAUCAUUUGUUCUCCUGACAAGGAAACCCUACAUAAACCUAUACUCGAACAUAGUCCAGAUCAUGGCGCCCCAGUUCUUUGAGUCCGGUAGAGUUGCUAUAGAGGUGGCGAUGCACAAUUUCACCUGUUGGGAGCCAAUAAUGCCUGGCAAAAGUUAUCAGGUCCCUCUGUUGGGUCAAGUGAUGUCGUUCCACAUACCCUCCGUGAAAGACAAAAUACAGAUCAAAGCUAAGGAGUUCCCUGGUCACGUACUGGCUCCUAAACCAGUGGUUCUGAGGUCCAUCAUGGAGCAUGACAUCUAUAGUACCCUCCGUCCUCUUCUUCCUCAUAUCGGUAUUCUGUGGGAGCUGGUACUGCUAAGUGAACCUGUUGUAGUGUUCGGGCCCAGUCCCUCUGCUACUUCCUCGCUAGUUCAGACUUUGGUCAGUCUCACUGCUCCUCUCAGGUAUGCGAACGACUACCGUCCCUACUUCACGAUACACGACAGCGAAUUCCAGGAGUUCACAAGCAAAACACACGCUCCUUCUCGUAUCAUACUGGGAGUAACUAACCCGUACUUCAACAAGGCGCUACAACACUGGCCAAAUGUUAUCAUACUCGACUCCGAUCCUGACAAGACACUAAAGGUGAGAUUGGUUUUUGUCUUGAACACUGGACACUCACGACUUAUGUUUUAUGGAGAUAACAUGUUACGCAGGUAUAUGACAGAGUUGACACACACUCUGAUGAUACCUCUGGAACAGUACAUUAGCAGUUUGAUGCCCUUACAGAAACAACUCAACCCCUUCAGACAGCCUCCCUUACUGCAGCAGUUCCAACAGGAAGCUUUUAUUAACUCCCUCAACGACUCAAACUUCAAGAGCGCAGAGCUGAAAGGACUGCCGAGGGAGUUGGAAAGGAGCUGUACAGGAAAGUAUAUAAAAUCUCCCAACUUUGAGCUGUGGUUUCAGAGCAAACGAACUGAGGCUAACCAGAGCCCCCCCCCCCCCCCCCCCCCCCCCCCCCCCCCCCCCCCCCCCCCCCCCCCCCCCCCCCCCCCCCCCCCCCCCCCCCCCCCCCCCCCCCCCCCCACCCCCCCCCCCCCCCCCCCCCCCCCCCCCCCCACCCCCCCCCCCCCCACCCCCCCCCCCCCCCCCCCCCCCCCCCCCCCCCCCCCCCCCCCCCCCCCCCCCCCCCCCCCCCCCACCCCCCCCCCCCCCCCCCCCCCCCCCCCCCCCCCCCCCCCCCCCCCCCCCCCCCCCCCCCUCCCCCCCCCCCCCCCCCCCCCCCCCCCCCCCCCCCCACCCCCCCCCCCCCCCCCCCCCCCCCCCCCCCCCCCCCCACCCCCCCCCCCCCACCCCCCCCCCCCCCCCCCCCCCCCCCCCCCCCCCCCCCCCCCCCCCCCCCCCCCCCCCCCCCCCCCCCCCCCCCCCCCCCCCCCCCCCCCCCCCACCCCCCCCCCCCCCCCCCCCCCCCCCCCCCCCCCCCCCCCCCCCCCCCCCCCCCCCCCCCCCCCCCCCCCCCCCCCCCCCCCCCCCACCCCCCCCCCCCCCCCCCCCCCCCCCCCCCCCCCCCCCCCCCCCCCCCCCCCCCCCACCCCCCCCCCCCCCCCCCCCCCCCCCCCCCCCCCUCCCCCCCCCCCCCCCCCCCCCCCCCCCCCCCCCCCCCCCCCCCCCCCCCCACCCCCCCCCCCCCCCCCCCCCCCCCCCCCCCCCCCCCCCCCCCCCCCCCCCCCCCCCCCCCCCCCCCCCCCCCCCCCCCCCCCCCCCCCCCCCCCCCCCCCCCCCCCCCCCCCCCCCCCCCCCCCCCCCCCCCCCCCCCCCCCCCCCCCCCCCCCCCCCCCCCCCCCCCCCCCCCCCCCCCCCCCCCCCCCCCCCCCCCCCCCCCCCCCCCCCCCCCCCCCCCCCCCCCCCCCCCCCCCCCCCCCCCCCCCCCCCCCCCCCCCCCCCCCCCCCCCCCCCCCCCCCCCCCCCCCCCCCCCCCCCCCCCCCCCCCCCCCCCCCCCCCCCCCCCCCUCCCCCCCCCCCCCCCCCCCCCCCCCCCCCCCCCCCCCCCCCCCCCCCCCCCCCCCCCCCCCCCCCCCCCCCCCCCCCCCCCCCCCCCCCCCACCCCCCCCCCCCCCCCCCCCCCCCCCCCCCCCCCCCCCCCCCCCCCCCCCCCCCCCCCCCCCCCCCCCCCCCCCCCCCCCCCCCCCCCCCCCCCCCCCCCCCCCCCCCCCCCCCCCCCCCCCCCCCCCCCCCCCCCCCCCCCCCCCCCCCCCCCCCCCCCCCCCCCCCCCCCCCCCCCCCCCCCCCCCCCCCCCCCCCCCCCCCCCCCCCCCCCCCCCCCCCCCCCCCCCCCCCCCCCCCCCCCCCCCACCCCCCCCCCCCCCCCCCCCCCCCCCCCCCCCCCCCCCCCCCCCCCCCCCCCCCCCCCCCCCCCCCCCCCCCCCCCCCCCCCCCCCCCCCCCCCCCCCCCCCCCCCCCCCCCCCCCCCCCCCCCCCCCCCCCCCCCCCCCCCCCCCCCCACCCCCCCCCCCCCCCCCCCCCCCCCCCCCCCCCCCCCCCCCCCCCCCCCCCCCCCCCCCCCCCCCCCCCCCCCCCCCCCCCCCCCCCCCCCCCCCCCCCCCCCCCCCCCCCCCCCCCCCCCCCCCCCCCCCCCCCCCCCCCCCCCCCCCCCCCCCCCCCCCCACCCCCCCCCCCCCCCCCCCCCCCCCCCCCCCCCCCCCCCCCCCCCCCCCCCCCCCCCCCCCCCCCCCCCCCCCCCCCCCCCCCCCCCCCCCCCCCCCCCCCCCCCCCCCCCCCCCCCCCCCCCCCCCCCCCCCCCCCCCCCCCCCCACCCCCCCCCCCCCCCCCCCCCCCCCCCCCCCCCCCCCCCCCCCCCCCCCCCACCCCCCCCCCCCCCCCCCCCCCCCCCCUCCCCCCCCCCCCCCCCCCCCCCCCCCCCCCCCCCCCCCCCGCCCCCUCCCCCCCCCCCCCCCCCCCCCCCCCCCCCCCCCCCCCCCCCCCCCCCCCCCCCCCCCCCCCCCCCCCCCCCCCCCCCCCCCCCCCCCCCCCCCCCCCCCCCCCCCCCCCCCCCCCCCCCCCCCCACCCCCCCCCCCCCCCCCCCCCCCCCCCCCCCCCCCCCCCCCCCCCCCCCCCCCCCCCCCCCCCCCCCCCCCCCCCCCCCCCCCCCCCCCCCCCCCCCCCCCCCCCCCCCCCCCCCCCCCCCCCCCCCACCCCCCCCCCCCCCCCCCCCCCCCCCCCCCCCCCCC